GAAGAAUCUGCCGGAAAUAAAAACGAAACUUGCCGUAAAAGACUACUUUUUUCCACAUUUGGGAGAAAACAUAUUGCUUUUGCUGUAGGUGGUUAGAACAAUCAAGAUGUCUGGAGCUUCCAGAAGGAGCAUAGGAGGGUUUAUGAAUACAUCCCUUCAAUCCUCCCAUUCUCGUCCAUUUACUAACACUCCGACCUCUGGAGUUAUUGCACCCGGUGGUAAAUCAGGCAGUCCAGCUAAAGGGGGUUCACACGAUUCCCGCAUCCCAAAACCACCUAAACCACCCGACAAGCCCCUGAUGCCAUACAUGAGGUACAGCCGCAGCGUCUGGGAGAAAGUAAAGAAUGAUAACCAAGAUUUGAAGCUGUGGGAGAUCGGAAAGAUCAUUGGUCAGAUGUGGAGAGAUUUGGCGGAGGACGGCAAACAAGUUUUCACUGAAGAGUAUGAAAUCGAAAAGGAGGAGUACAACAGAGCACUGAAAUCUUAUCACAAUUCGCCUGCUUAUCAAGCAUGGAUGGUGGCAAAAGGGAAAGCUCAGCAGGCCAUAGAGCAGGAAUCUGAAAUUGACGGUGGUAUCAAAUCAGAACCAAGAAUGAGCAUGCAAGCUGCCGAAGACGAUGAUGAUCAAGAAGAUGGAUACUCGGUAAAGCACAUUGCCGCAGCUCGUUUCCAGCGGAACCAUCGCUUGAUCAAUGAAAUCUUCAGUGAUGCUGUUGUACCUGACCCUAGGACGGUUGUUACUGAUCAACGUAUGCAGAUCUUGAAAAGACAGGUCCAAUCGCUCAAAGUUCAUCAGAAGAAGCUGGAAGCUGAAUUGCAACUUAUUGAAGAAAAAUACCAGAACAAGAAGAGGAAGUUUGUUGAGACCAGUGAGAACUUCACUGUAGAGAUGAAAAAGGUUCAAGCAGUACCCAUGCCAAGCACCCAAGUCUUACGCAGACCACCUGGUGAUGCCCCAGGGAUCAAGCCGGUCCAGGAGACCCAGCAGGAUGUUGGUCCGAUGCAACCUCAACGUGUGGAACCUGCCGUAGAACAGGCUGCAAAGGCCAGCUCCUACACAACCUCUUCAUCACAGAAGAAGAGUACCCCUCGCAAACCCAAGAAGUUCCAGGGCCACCUGGAUGCGUUACUUCAGUCACCUGAGGAGAGCCAGUCUAGCCAAGAUGAAACAGAAGAAGAAAAAGAAACCCCUGAUGCUGCUGUGGAGAAACCCAAGGAGGGAGGAACGCCAACAGAGGAAACACCCAAGGAUGUAGUGCAGGAAGGGGCAGGGAAGGACUUGAUGGGGAUGGGUAAUGGAGGGGGAGUGAAGGCAGAUGACUGGAAAACAGGAUCAGACGCGAGUGCCAAGGAAGAUGAGGGUAGCAAGGAUGAAAGUCUGAAAGAAUGAUGAUUGAUUCGUCAAGGUUUGCUCAAUGAAUGAAUAAAAGGAAGAUUUCAUAGUCGUGUGCAAGUCAUUUUCUUUCAAGUCAAAGUCAAGGCCCAAGUCAUUUAGGCAUUUGGUGAGCAAAGUAGCUACUUUAGUCCAAGUCACACGACUUGGGUCGACAACUCUGAAAGACUUUAAUCAAAUGUUAAUUCAAUACUGGCAAACUGUCCAUUUUUUGCAUGCCCAUGUUGUAAAUUUAUAAUAUUUGUCCCUAUUUAUUACCUUCAAUUUUGUUAAUGUACUGUAAUAGUAAAACCCUAUGAACCAUCAAAGACACUUAUUUGUCCAGAAGUCAUUCCAGAAUUUGGAAGAGAACAAGAAGUGUAUUCCUUGUUACGAUCUGUUAGUGUUUUGUUUCAAAGUGUAAUGAACUUUGCCAGCCUUUUUGAUAAGUGGUCUCUGUUAAUUAAAUAGUAAUCAUGUUAGCUGAUGAGAGUAACCAUUUUUGAGAGCUGCAUAUAUUGUGAUUUGUUUCUGAAAGCACAAAUUUCCCCCAUUUACAUGUAUUUUCCUUAAAAUAAAACUAUUCCAUUGGGCUUCGCAUUGGCUAAUAUACAGCUGUGCUCAAAUGUUAGUGAGCCCACCACAAAAUUCACUCCUUCACUUCUGUUGAAUGUAGACAACAACACUACAAUGUUUGGCAAGCCCAGAGAAACAAGCUUUAUUGAAUGUAACAUUUUAUCAUCUGACUUGUACACUCAGAAAUGUUCAAAUUUCUGUUUGGGUUCAUGAACUUUCGAGCUCCACUCUAAGAUGUCCCUUUGAAAUGAAAUUUGUGAAAACAAAUAGUGCAUUUAUCCGCUAUGUAUUUAAGUUGUUUUAUGUAAAACUUGGUUCCUGUAUGCUUCUAUUUUUAUGAUAAAUUGUUUGCUAGUCAUUAGAGGUUGUUUGAUGGUUACUGGCAAUGAAUGUUUGCUGAAUAAAAC